AUGACUACAUCAUUCUCAGCAGGCCUGCAGCCGGAUGUUCAUGACAGCGAAAUCCCCAGUCGCUGCAGCACUUUGGAACCCGGCAUACUUGUUCCCACUGUAGCCUUCUUCUCCUCAGACGAUAGCGUUGAUGAAGAGACUACCAAGAAGCACGCAAGGCGCCUUGCUCGUGCUGGGGUUGCAGGCCUUGUAACUCAUGGCUCCAACGGCGAGGCAGUUCACCUCGAUCACGCUGAGCGAAAACUCAUCACACGCCUCACACGAACUGCCCUGGAAGAGGCGGGCAAGACAUACCUCCCCAUAAUUGUUGGUUGCGGUGCGCAAUCAACACGAGAGACUAUUCAGCUCUGUCGAGACGCUGGCGAAUCGGGUGGCACUCAUGCUCUUAUCCUACCCCCCUCAUACUAUGGCAAUUUGUUAAGCAGGGACUUGAUCAUCCAGCACUUUCUCGCCGUGGCGGAUGCAAGUCCGGUUCCACUCCUUAUUUACAACUUCCCCGCCCCCUGUGGUGGAUUGGAUCUCAGUUGCGACACGAUCCUCACCCUCGCCAGACACCCCAAUAUUGUUGGUGUCAAGCUGACUUGUGGUAACACUGGUAAGCUUGCCCGUAUCGUGGCCGGCACUCAAGGCACUUCUUUCCGGACGUACGGUGGAAGUGCUGAUUUCAUCAUUCAGACACUGUCGGUUGGUGGUCACGGCGUCAUCGCCGGACUAGCUAAUAUUUCCCCAGUCGUCUGCAAUGAGAUUGUUCGCCUCUGGAAGAAUGGCGAGGUGGAAAAGGCCGUACAGAUGCAGGGAAUUGUUGCACGUGGUGACUGGGCAGCCAUCAAGGGGGGUUUUGUUUCGGUCAAGGUUGCUCUACAGAGAUAUUACGGCUAUGGAGGACUGCCGCGAAAGCCGUGUACUAUUCUUGAAGGCAAAGCACUCGAAGCUCAAGUCGAGGAGUUUCGGGAGUUGGCAGAACUAGAGACUAAAGUCAGUGCCAUCGCAUAG